UGGGUUAUCCUCAGUAGCAUUUUUAUGUUUCUAAUUCUACUGGGAGUAUCUUGCCUCUAGCUAGUCUAGCUUGUAGUUUCCAACUUGGUGGGAUGACAAAUAAAUUGAAGCUUAUCCACCAGGAUACCCACAUACCCACCCCACGAGCGAGCGAGCGAGCGUGAGGAAGUUGGGCAAAAAUAUGAUACAUGGAUCUUAUGGCUACAGUGGAACAUGUAGUUUCAGUCCGAGCAGUCUCCUUCAAGAGCCUCUCCCCUUUAAAACACCAUAAUAUCAUGUGAAUUACCGCCUUUACCAGCUAAUAAGAAUUUUCGCUUCAAAGGCUCUAAAGCAUUCUUUACCGGUACCAGUAGGCUCUCAAAAGAUAUAUUGUAGCCAAAAGUUUACAAUAUCCACAGAAGCAGGCUCUAAAAUGUUAUAAGGAAUUACACUAGACUGGUCUUGUUGAAAGGUUCCGGACAAUAACUGUAUCUAGAAGCUAGACUAUCUGAGUACGUGUACAGCACACAUGCACACUGCUGCAGCGACCAUAAUUCGUAGGCUGUGAGCGCAUCUCAGUAAUUUCGCAAAGAUUUAUAAGGUGAGGGUGACAUCAUGGCACGGGCAAUAAGGUUAGCGAGUCCUUCCGAGGUUGAAAACGGAGUUUUCUGAGUCGUCUGAGUCCAUCUAGUCAGAGUCAAGUCGUCGUAUCAACACUGGCUCGUGGAGCUCAUGUAUGUAAGUGGUCACGGUUCAUUGGCUUAUGGAUGUCACGGGAGCAUGCAUAGCUUUUAAAAUUUUGGUAGUUAGGAGACUAUUAGGGUCACUUAGUGGUAUGUUGCUACCGGUAUACCCACCUGAAGAUACUGCAAGCAUGCUAUUCUCGUGGGAAUUCCCUUACUGUAGCCCUUUCAUCGACCAUUUCCAAAGUUCCCCCUUUGUUUGGGUAUCUGCCGGAAGUACCUUCAACCCCAACAGAAUUUGCCCAAGUUCUUUCCUGGUUGGAGACAGUUGUAGAAAGGCGCCAAAGCUUCACUUCCUCGUGAGUUGACGGCACCAAAAAGAUGAGCCUAUUGUGUGUGACUUGGUACUAAAUUCUACUGCAGCUGUGCUACUCAGCAAGCUGCUACAGAAGAAAGAAUACAUCAAACCUACGAAAGAAGAUCCAACCAAGCCAACCAAAGAAAAAAUUCAUCUCAUCCAUCCUUCUCAUAAAAUUUUUCUUUGGUUUCCAACAAGCAACCAAAAAAGGCACACUGUCAAACGAUAAUUCUCAUUGCAUCAAUUGAUCGAAAAAAGAAUUCACAAUGGCCGAAGAAGAGUUGUUCAACUUCACCGCGUACUGCCUAGAAGUGGAGGAGGGAAGCCAGUCCAUCUGUGACUUGUGGGCCCAUGUUGACGCAACCGUAUCGGUCCAAGGGGGUAUUAUUACUGGUGUGGAUACCUUCUUCCUCCUCUUUGCUGGUGCCCUUGUGUUCAUGAUGCAAUCUGGAUUUGCCAUGCUCUGUGCCGGAUCUGUCCGUCAAAAGAAUGUCAAGAAUAUCAUGCUUAAGAACUUGUUGGAUGCCUGCGGUGGUGCCCUUGGUUUCUACACCAUUGGAUUUGCCUUUGCCUAUGGUGGACAGGUCGAUGACAAGAGCUUUAUUGGAACUGGUAACUUCUUCCUCACUGAUAUUACCGAAAACCAAGAAUACGCCGGAUGGUUCUUCCAGUUCGCCUUUGCCGCCACUGCCGCCACCAUCGUUGCAGGAACUGUUGCCGAACGUUGCAAAAUGUCUGCCUACCUCUGCUACUCUGUCUUCCUCACUGGAUUCGUCUACCCAGUCAUUGCCCACUCUAUCUGGGCUACUGGAGGAUUCCUCACUGCCUUCCGCACUGGAUAUGAUGAUCACUUCCGUGGAAUGGGUGUCAUUGACUUCGCUGGAUCUGGUGUUGUUCACAUGACUGGAGGAACCACUGCCUUGAUUGCUGCCGUUGUUCUUGGACCUCGUCGUGGACGAUUCUACGAUGAAGACGGAAACCCCUUGGAGACACCCCACCAAUUCCAAGCCCACUCUGUUGCCCUUCAAAUUCUUGGAACAUUCAUCCUCUGGUUCGGAUGGUACGGAUUCAACCCUGGUUCCGCCCUUGUCAUUUCCAGCGAAGGAUCUGCCCAAGUUGCCGCCCUCUGCGCUGCCACCACGACCAUUGCCGCCGCCACUGGAUGUGUCACCGCAAUGUUCACAGACACCAUUAUCGACAUGAUGGCUACAGGUGAAGCUUCUUACGAUCUUACCAUGGCCAUGAACGGAGCUCUUGGAGGACUUGUUGCCAUCACUGCCGGAUGCUCGGUCGUUCAACCCUAUGCUGCCCUUAUCAUUGGUAUGAUUGGUGGAUGGGUCUACCUUGGUUUCUCCAAACUCUUGAUCAAGCUCCGAAUUGAUGAUGCCGUCGAUGCCGUUCCUGUUCACUUUGCCAACGGAAUGUGGGGUGUCAUUGCUGUUGGAUUCUUCUCUGAUCCAAAACUCCAAGCAAUUGCUGGAUACAACAUCACUUCCUCGGGAUUGUUCUACGGAGGAAAUGGAGACCUCUUCAUCUGCCAAAUCGUCGCCGUUGCCUGGAUUGUCGCCUGGGUCACUGUUGUCAUGACUCCUUUCUUCUUCCUGUUGAAGCUUGCUGGCAUGUUCCGUGUCGAUCCUUUGGAAGAGGAGGUCGGUCUUGAUAUCUCCCACCACCGUGGAGCUGCCUACGACUUGACUGGACCCAACAAGGACGAUGUCGAGGAACUCAUGGAAGUUCGUGCCUCCAAGCACGGAAAGGUCGAGGUUCCCAAGGAAGUUGUCCAGGCUGCCGACGAUGCAAAUGAUGCCUUUGUCACCGAAGAAGUUGCUGCCUAAGCAGUGUUGGAAAUCCUCUAUCCACCAGGGUCGAUACCAUCAAGUUUUUUGUGUUGUAUAUUUUACAUGUGGAUGAUAUGCUGCUUUCCCUCUGCGCGGUUCCUUUUUUCCUGUGGUUCAGUGCUAUGAAAUGAAAUUUCUGGGGAUGUUCGCUCUUCCGGUGUCCGGAGUGUUUCGGUUUUGAAGUAGUUCGAGUAGGUUAACAACAAGUAGCAUCCGAUUGCUGGCUUCAAAUCAUGUUCCUUUGAGCGGCCGUGGCCGAGUAAUCGGCCACGGCCUUUCGUCUUCUCUGCUACCGGUAGCCAACGCUCGAGGCCGGUCUCGGCCGCAACUCCAACGCCAACGAGAGGUGUCGAAGAACUGCCUCUCGCAUCCCACGCCAUCAGCAUUCACAGCUCGAUUGAACCCUCUCACAGCCGUCCUCCAACCACACAACCCUGCAAGGAGCCGAGAAGGGACGACGCGACUGAGGAGUCACUCGCUUACGAGAAUAUUUUGCCACCAAGCAAAUCAGUUUAGCGGUACGAAGAGCGUAACUGCGACAGUACAGCACACAGUUCUGGUACCGAUACAACUGAAAAAGCAUCAGACACAACCCCAAGAACAACAACAGUCUGGCUAGAA